CAGGCGCUCUCUCUCUCUCCCUCCUUUAUCUUUUUGAACACCUGAAUCAUUUAACAGCUGCACCUGAACCGCAGACCGCAGGUGAGGCAGCAGGGAAACAGGGAUAUCUCCAGGAUGGAGCCCGCGUUGAAACCGGCGGCCCUUCUCCUCGCACUUUGGUGCUGCUGCAGCGCUCAGCGCAUUAACUACGUAUCUCCACAUCCUGGAAGCACCAACGGAGCAACACGACUCACCAUCUCAGGAGAAGGUUUUGCUCAGGAGCGACAGUUCCAGCUGAACCCAACAGACGACAUGUUUGGCAACCGUGUGACCCUGGUGUCAGAUACCCUGUCAGUCCCCUGCGAUGUGGAGAGAGACUCAACACACGGAAACCAGAUCCUGUGUUACACCAGACCCAUGCCACCUGAUCAGUAUGUGGUCCAUGUCAGUGUGGACGGAGUUCCCAUUCCUGACAGUAAUAUAUGCUACGGCUCAUACAAACCAUACCACUGCAGCUUCUAUGCCGUCUGGUAUCGCACCCCCACUAUCUACUCUCUGAGUCCAGUCAGUGGUCCCCCAGGCACGCUGGUGUCGAUGAGAGGACGGAUCUACACAGAUGUGUACGGAAGCAACACGGACGUGAGCUCAAACGGCCUCAAUGUCAGAUUUCUGAGAGCCUACAUGGGAGGGAUGCCGUGCGAGCUGCUUAAACCGGAGUCAGAUGAGCUGUAUGAACUACGACUGGAUUCAGAAAACUCUCACUGGGGAUACAUGAGCUGCAAACUGACAGGAACAUAUGUUGGGCAUCACAACUUGAGUUACAUACUUGACAAUGAAUUUGGGAGGAGUUUACCGUCCAAGAAUCUGUACAGGGUUUCAGCUUUGGGCAAGCUUUCCAUGUUCCAGACGUAUGCAGAGGUCACAGGAGUCUCUCCAUCCAAGGGUAGUGUCAUGGGUGGAACCCUGCUGACCAUCCACGGCCGCUUCUUCGACCAAACCGAUCAGCCGGCACGUGUUCUGGUUGGAGGCCUGCCUUGUGAAAUCCAGAGUGUGUCUGAUGACAGAAUUACGUGCAGGACUGACAAACAACAGCACCAGAUGAACAACAGCAUGAGAAGCUACCCAGGUGGCAGAGGCCUGAAGAUGGAGGUGUGGAACAACACAAGACCCCGUUACCUGACUGACAUCUGGAACUACAAUGACAACACAACAGGUUACUGGUGGCAGUGGAUCGACUCCAUGCCACACAUCUUCCCUCACGAACUAAAUUUUAUCGCCACACGGUCCAGAGGCUUCUUUGUCCCCCCAGCAAGUGGUAACUUCACGAUAUACCUCCACUGUGACGACCGAUGUGAGCUCUACCUCAGCAACUCCAGCAACCCGGAAAACAAGGUUAAAGUUGCAUACCAGCCAUAUUACGUCACAGACUACAAGCAAAUGGAUUCACAAAAGUCUGAAGUGAUGGUUCUAGAGAAAGGAAAACCCUACUACAUGGAAAUACUACAUCAAGAAUAUGGAGGUGGAGCAAGGGUCGACCUUGGUUUGUUCCAAGAGGAGAGUGCUUUUACUGAAGACCAGACAGACGAUGCUGUCAAUGAGGUCCAGAAUAUCGUGGCUGAAUACGACGUGUAUGAUGAGGAACAGGUGGUUACCUUUGACUCGUGGCCCGCCAACGUUGCUGGAGUCAAAGAGGUCCAAAUGGUGAGCGUCAGCAGCAGCUGUGCCAGCCAUCUCUGUGGGAGCACCUUCUUCAGCCUGGGCUACGGAGACGCAAAGACUGGACCAAUCGCAGUCAGCGCCUCAGCAGAGGUGGUGGAAGCAGCCUUGAACAGCCUUUGGUCCAUCAAACCCGACACAGUUCAGGUCACCAAACAGGAAGACAGCCAAGGAUCUCACUAUACAGUCACAUUCAGUUCUGACAGAGGUGAUUUCAGACCUUUUCAGUAUGAGGUUUUUGGCUCCGACACCAACAUCACUGUUGUGGAGGUCACCAAGGGGAGAAGCAACAUGGAGACUUUCACUUUGCUCUGGGAGGGAAUCCCUACAAAACCCAUUUCCUUCAACGCGACUGAGGCUGAGGUGCAGUCAGCUCUGGAGGACAUGAUGAAAGCCGAGUGUCCUGGUGAGAUCCUGACCACUGAAGGCACCGAUGUGAAAUACUUCAAAGAUUUUGAAGAUGACAACUCUCAGUUUGACAGUGCUGAUGAAGGGACUCCUGUGAAAAACUCUGGUUUCUGUGGCCAGUGGUCACUGAAGAACGCUGGGGUUCUCUUCAAGGAAACCUACACCAAAGAGUCCGGCGGCACUUAUGGACCAGUUUCACUGGACCAACACCCCAUGCUUUGCUUUGCAUACAAGGGAAUGUUGAAGGAUGAAGUUGGAAUGAUGUUUACUUACCGUGACAGCCAAGGCCAAACCAAGACGGAGACCGCAAAGAUCAACACUCUCUUCACAAAGGGCCACAAAUGGAGUUAUAAAUGCAUGGACCUGCAGAGUUCUCUGCAGACAGAAUAUAUCGGAAGCAGGUACAGUCUGCUGGAGCUUUACCUGUACAAAGACGUCUCUGGUGCAGAUUUCUAUGUGGAUGCCGUUCACAUUGGAAAGAGACCCACCACCAGUGAUGAAAAUGCUGUUCCCCACAAGAGGAGGCCCCCACCUUUUGAGAGCUCUGGUCGUUCCUUCGAGGUGAUUUCUGUUACCAAAGACACGUGGGCUGAUUCGCAGAUCAGCUACCAGGUUAAAGCCACACCAGUGGAAUGUGCCUUUGGGUUCCCGCUGCUAGAAGUUGGCUUCCUGCAGAUGUCCAACGGCACUGAGGACAUGGCUGAGUUCAGGGAAGGAGCAGCCACCAUCACCAUCACUCGCACUCACAGCGCCACCCCUCCCCUGAACGGCACCUUUGAUGUGGAGAUUUAUGGAGGCCGAGCUGAAGGUCUGUCAGUGGACAUCAGUGAGGAGGACCUGAAGUAUGCUCUGGAGGGCAUCGCAGGGAUGGGACAAGUCAGUGUCUCAAAGCAGGGGAACUGCAGACGCCCCAAGUGGAGGGUUGAGUGGCUGACAAAUCCUGGAGACCAGCCCCUGAUCCAGGUCGACAGCUCGUCAGUUGUUGGCAAAAAUGCAGUUGUGUCGGCCCGUGAGAUGAAAAAGGGAGGACUGUUGAUACGAAGUCUGACAGGAGAUUUCCUCCGUGUCUGGGAAACCAAACCACAGGUCGAGGUUUACAUCAAUGGCAUUCCCUCAAAGUGCUCUGGUGACUGUGGAUUUGAAUGGUCGGAGGAGAAGACUCCAGUUGUGUCUGGAAUCAGCCCAUCUCAAGGAUCUAAUGGCCUGGGGACUCUUUUGACUGUUACUGGGACUGGCUUCAGCAAUGAAAAUGCCUCCAUCAUGGUGGGACAGGCCAGGUGCCAUGUUGAACAGAUCACAGCCACCACUCAGGUGUGCAGGCUGGGCAGCGCGAGUGCUGGAACCUACCCUGUGUCCGUCCGCUUCCCCUCUCUGGGUAAUUCACGCUACGAAGGUGGCAACAUCCCCUACUUCACCUACCAGCUCAUUGUUUCAUCUUUCUCCCCGCUGUCUGGAAGUGUGGCAGGAGGCACACUGCUGACAGUGAGAGGCUUCGGCUUCAGCCAGAACACCACAGUCGCUGUGGGCAGUGGGGAGUGCACCGUGGUUCAAGCCAGUGACAGUGAGCUGAAAUGCAGAACACCCGCUGGUACUCCAGGAUCACAGGCGGUGACAGUGAUGGUGGGAAACAUGAACGAGACAGCCAACAGCUCCUUCACCUACGAUAAUAACCUGACUCCUCAGAUCUCAGGCCUGAGUCCCCGCACUACCACGGUGCUCGGACACCGUGUUCUCACCAUCCAGGGUUCGAACCUGGGAGCCCAAGACAACGACAGCGUCGUGUUGGUAGGCACAGAGGAGUGUGUCACUGUGCACUGGACUGCAACAAACAUCACCUGUCUCCUCCCUGUGCUGCCGCCUGGCCUGUACAAGGUGGACGUACAGGUUGGAAAUAAUGGCUUCUCCCAGAUAAGCAACGGUGUGAACGCGACCAUUGAAUACGUCCUGGAAAUCUACAGCGUCUCCCCAUUGUUUGGCUCUUUAUUAGGAGGAACCAGGUUGACUAUUUCUGGCUCUGGUUUCAGCAACGACACCUCUGACAACAGCGUUUCUGUUGGAGAAACUGUGUGCGAAGUGAAGGCCGCCACAGAGAAUGAACUGCAGUGUGUCGUGCAGUCGGAGCAGAAGACCCACAUCGUCACCAAUCAGGGAUCUCACCACACUUAUGGACAGGGAUAUGCAUGGAGUCCCGCCUCACUCACAGUGUUUGUUGGAGACACAGUCAUGUGGCGUUGGGAGGCACCACCCUUCCAGAGAGUUGGAUACCGGGUCUUCAGUGUUUCCAGCCCAAGUGGCACCACUUACGAAGGGGGACCGUUCACCAGCGGGGAGACCAAAACUGACAAAGGGUUUUUUGGCUACCGUUUCACUGCUCCCGGUGUGUAUUACUACAGCAGUGGCUACAUAGACGAUGCCAACGUCAGAGUGUUGCAGGGAGUCGUGAAAGUCGAGCCCCGGGAGGAGAAGAGCAGCAAGCUUUCUGUCAGAGUGGGAGGAAUGGAAGCCCGACACCUGAUAGGAGGUUCGCGUCGCACUGCCAGAGCAGCCCCACAGUGUGUUGCCACCCCACAGUGCGAACAGACCAAUGAGACUUCAGACGGUCUUUCCUUCAGCAGCUCCAGCUGCUCCACCCCAACAGUCCACUCCAUCUCUCCCAACCAGGGAUCAUACCACCAGGUCAUCCACAUCCAGGGCAAAGGCUUCAGCGACACUGCCUGCGCUAAUGAGGUGACAGUGGGAGAUCAGCCCUGUCAUGUGAUCAACAGCUCUCACUCUGAGAUCAACUGCCAGCUCAGCGCCGGCAGCGAACUUCCCAUCGGCGUCGCUCUCCCCGUAGCCGUCAGAGUCAACAACCUGGGCAGUGCCAUCAUUGCUGUGCCAGACGAGCUUGGCCGCCGGUUUGUUGUUCUGCCUGUGGUCGACUCAGUCUGGCCUCCCGUCGGCAGCCCCACCGGCCACACGAGACUCCUCAUCCACGGCUCCGGCUUCUCCAAGGGACAAGUGACAGUCGCCAGCGAGCCCUGUGCCCUUGUGUCAGUCAACUACACUUGCAUUGUCUGCGACACCUCUCCUUCUCAGCCACACACCGGAGAUGUUGUCUUUAGCAUGGGCAGGAUCCAGAGCUCCUGUCACUCAAACUGCUCCUUCAUCUAUUCUUCCUCCGUCACCCCCAUGGUCAACAGCAUUUCCCCCGACAGCAUCAGUGAUAUCUCUACUGUAACCAUCUCUGGCUCAGGGUUUGGCAUCCGCAUGGAUGACGUGGCAGUUUUCGCCAGCAACAUCGAGCUGCAAGUCACCACAGUGACCGACGGCAACAUUUCUGCGACAGCUGACGCUCUGCCUGCAGGCGACCACCCAGUCAAAGUGAUUGUGAGAAGCAAAGGCCUUGCAUCCGGCCAUGUCACCCUGACCAGCCGUGCCCAAGCCGCCCUGAGCCCCCCUGCGGGCAGCCUGGCAGGAGGAACCCCGCUUGUCUUCACAGGAAACGGCUUCGCUCCAGGGAACACCAGCGUCAUGGUUGGUGGCAAAAACUGCAAGAUUCAGGAGGUGACACCGGGUCUUCUUCGCUGCCUGACACCUCCUCACAGCGAGGGGCUGGUGACUGCCAACAUCUGGGUCUUCUCGGUGGAGUAUCCUCCUCUCAACUUCACUUACUCAGCAGCCCACACUCCUGUCAUCAGCUCCGUCAGCCCCACCACUGGGCCGAGCGGUUCAGUCAUCACACUGACAGGUUCAGGGUUCGGCACCGACUCUCAGCUCGUCUCCGUCACCAUAAACCACGUGCCCUGUAAUGUGUCCUCAGUCUCCGACACGCAGGUUCAGUGCACUGCAGGAGACAACCCAGGGGGUGCCUACACAGUCAUGCUGCAUCACCAGGUCAAAGGUUACGCCCAAUCAGAUGUCACGUUCACGUAUGAGCUGACUCUCACCGGCGUGCAUCCCAGCGAGGGCAGUUUUGGUGGUGGAGCUAUGCUCGCCAUCCAAGGUUCUGGGUUUGACCCGCACAACUCCACUGUGAUGAUCUGUGGGGAGGAGUGUGAAGUUCACAGAGACAUGUCCACGUCAACCCGUCUGUACUGCCAGUCCCCGUACAACAACGACACUCGGUCGGAGUUGAGCUGCGUGGUUGCUGUCAUUAACCAACUGGAUGCUGUCAACAUAUCAAAUGGCUUCACCUACAAAUCUCAGCUGACUCCGGUGAUCACCGAGGUUUCUCCUCGCAGAGGCGGCACUGCUGGAGGCACCCGGCUCACAAUCGCCGGCUCCGGUUUCAGCACCAACAUGAAUGAAGUCAACGUGACCAUCGCAGGGUCUGUGUGUGACGUCCAGUCCAGCAACAACACACACAUCGUCUGUGUGACAAACGCUCAGAGACAGUCACAGGAAACCAAAGUCAGAGUCAGCAUCGGAGACCGAGGCAUCGCCAAGAUGGACAACGCUGAUUUCUUCUACAUUGACGUGUGGUCGUCCAGGUUCACGUGGGGCGGUCUGUCUCCACCUGAGACAGGCUCCUUUGCCGUCAUCACUAAAGGCCAGACCAUCCUCCUGGACACCAGCACCCCUGUGCUGAAAAUGCUCCUUAUCCAAGGAGGGACCUUGGUGUUUGAUGAAGCAGACAUCGAGCUGCAGGCAGAAAACAUCCUGAUCACGGACGGCGGGCGGCUCCAAAUCGGCCAAGAGGGGGCGCCCUUCCAGCACAAAGCCAUCAUCACACUCCACGGACACCUGCGCUCACCUGAGCUUCCUGUUUACGGAACCAAGACACUGGCUGUCAGAGAGGGAGUGCUGGACCUCCAUGGUAUUCCUGUUCCUGUCCCCUGGACCCACUUGGCCCAGACGGCGACCAACGGCUCCGUCACACUGACCCUGAUGAAGGCGGUGACCUGGAAAGCCGGAGACGAGAUCGUCAUCGCCUCGACCGGCCACAGGCACAGUCAGAGAGAGAACGAGGUGAGGAGGAUUGCUGCCGUGUCCGCUGAUGGAAAGUCUCUCACCCUGACAGAACCACUCAAGUACACUCAUCUCGGGGUGACGGUCACGCUGCCGGACGGUACAGUGUUUGAGGGCCGAGCUGAGGUGGGUCUCCUCACCAGGAACAUUGUGGUCCGAGGUUCCCAGAACCAAGAAUGGAACGACAGGAUUGAAGCGUGCCCCGAUGGCUUCAACACAGGUGAAUUUGCCACCCAAACCUGUUUCCAAGGAAGAUUUGGAGAGGAGGCUGGCAGCGAUCAGUUUGGAGGCUGCAUCAUGUUCCACGCACCCAGGCCAAAUGAAAAUCUUGCAAUCGGCAGACUGGAAUAUGUUGAGGUCUUCCAUGCGGGACAGGCCUUUAGGUUGGGACGUUAUCCCAUCCACUGGCAUCUGAUGGGAGACAUCAACUACAAGUCGUACGUGAGGGGCUGUGCAAUCCAUCAGACCUUCAACAGGGCGGUAACCAUCCACAACACCCACCGGCUGCUGGUGGAGCGCAACGUCAUCUACGACAUCAUGGGUGGGGCUUUCUUCAUCGAAGAUGGCAUUGAGACCGAGAACAUCCUGCAGUAUAACCUGGCUGUGUUUGUCAAACAAAGCACCAGCCUGCUGAACGAUGACGUCACCCCCGCCGCCUACUGGGUCACCAAUCCCAACAACAUCAUCCGCCACAAUGCCGCUGCUGGGGGCACUCACUUUGGUUUCUGGUACCGCAUGCACGACAACCCUGACGGCCCGUCCUUCGACCCAAACAUCUGUCAGAAGAGGGUUCCCCUUGGCGAGUUUUACAACAACACCGUGCACUCUCAGGGCUGGUUCGGCCUCUGGAUCUUUGCAGACUUUUUCCCCAUGAAGAAUGGAGGCUGCCGCUCCAGAACCCCCGAACCCGCUGUCUUCCGCUCCCUCACCACCUGGAACUGCGAGAAGGGUGCUGAGUGGGUCAACGUGGGCGCCGUGCAGUUCAACGGGUUUGUCAUGGUCAACAAUGAGAAAGCUGGCAUUGAAGCCAAGCGCAUCAUGCAGUGGGCUGUGUCCGACUUUGGAGAGGACGGAGGGGCGACGGUGUCCAACAGCACGAUCGUGGGCCACGUGGACGAGCUCGCGCUGGGAAGCAACUACUGCACUCACCGAGGUGUCAUCACGCCGUUCGACGAUGGCAUGAGUGUCCUUAACACCAAGUUCCUCAACUUCGACCGCAGCUCUUGCACAGCCAUCGGGGUAACCUCAAUCGACGGGACGUGUGUGGAUCGGUGCGGUGGCUGGGCUGUCAGGUUCAGUGGCAUCCAGUACAUCAACUCACCCAACAAGGCCGGCUUCAGGUGGGAGCAUGAGGUGCAGCUGGUGGACACUGACGGCUCCCUCACAGGAAACAUCAACCACAAAGUCGUGCCUAUGAGCGCCUUGCUGGACCCUGCUCACUGUUCCCAGAGUGCCGAAUGGAGCGUGGGUUUCCCCGGGGCCGUGUGCGACCACACCGUCAACUUCCAUCGUUUGGCUUUCAACAAUCCCUCGCCGACCUCUCUGCAGGCCAAGGAUGUCAUCUUAACAAACUCACAUGGCACCAGUGUCGUCCCCUAUUUGAAGAAGAGGAUGACUCACAAGUUUGGCUGGAUGGCCCUGCUGCCCUCUGGGCAAACGUACAACUGGUACUUUAACGAUGUGGACCAUAUCACCAACAUCACCUACAGCGCAAAGUUCUACGGCUUCAAGUCAGAUCAAUAUGUGAUCAUCAACCACAACUUCACCCAGAGUCCAGACAGGUUCCGUGUAGUCGAUGAGAGGAACGGCUCAUCAACAGCACUGAGCUUCAGCAAUAACAAGAACGGAGACUGGUACUUCAACGAAAGCACAAACAACCUCUACUACAUGGUGUCCGGGAAGAUAAACCAGCGCAGGCGCCGCAACAGCGUCGACCGCUCCACGGCUGACGUCGCGAUAAACUUCGCAGUCUAUCGCUGCUUCUACUUCAACUGCAUCCCACCAACUCCACCACCUCCAGCCACACUCGCCCCCUUACCCAGCCGCCGGCCUGACAACUUCAUUCUGUGGUCUAAUGCCUCUUUCUGGAGAAGUUCAGCUGAAAACAACUUCACCGUACCAGCAGAGGGCACUGAUGUGGUCAUCCCAUCAGGGAAGUGGGUGGUUUUGGACAGCAACACUCCUCCCCUCAACAAGCUGACGGUCAUCGGAGUUCUCGAGAUCCCCGACACCAUGAACAGCUCGUCCACCAGAACGUCUCGGUCUGUACCAGAGUAUAAUACUGUGGUGAUAGACGCCGUCUACAUCUCCAUCCAGGGUGGAAGGCUGAUUGCAGGCUGGGAUGACGAGCCGUUCAGAGGUGAGCUGCACAUCAGACUGAGAGGGAACCACCGCACUCCUGACUGGCCUCUGCCAGACGGACCCAACCAGGGAUCCAAAGUCCUGGGUGUGUUUGGUUCUCUGGAUCUGUAUGGACAACCUCACAAUGUUUACCACACCAAGCUCGCUGCUACUGCUGACGCCGGGUCCAACACACUGACCCUGGCGCAGUCCGUCGACUGGCAGGUGGGAGACGAGGUCGUCAUCUCCACCACCAGCUACAGCGCGUGGGAGACAGAGAAACGUCAGAUCACCGCGGUGUCAGCGGACGGCCGUAUCCUGACCCUGGACCAGCCUUUUACCCACACGCACAUCGGUGAGACUCACUCUGUGUCAGGAACAUCUGUCUCCUACACUCUGGCUGCUGAUGUCGGCCUCCUGACCCGUAACAUCAGGAUCAUCGGUGAGGAGUACCCGGAUAUGAUGAGGGAGUCGUUUGGAGCCAGGCUGGUGGUUGGCUCUUACUCCUGGGCUGGAAUCGACUAUAAAGGCAAAGCUCAGAUCAGGAAUGUGGAGUUCUUCCGCUCUGGUCAGGAAGGCUGGACCGACUACACCGACCCUCGCUACUCUGUGGCCUUCCUUAACCUGGGAGAGGUUUCAGGAGAAGACUCGUACAUUCAGGGCUGCGCUUUCCAUGACGGCUUCUCUCCAGCCAUCGGAGUCUUUGGGACGGAAGGGCUGAACGUCGAUGAUAAUGUCAUCCACCACACUGUCGGAGAAGGUAUCAGAGUUUGGGGUGACAAGAUAACAGUGAGGAGGAACCUGGUGACGAUGACGCUGUGGCCCGGAUCGUACCAGGACAGAGAGGAGCCCUUUAACUAUGACUGGAACGCUGCCAUCGAGGUCAAUGAGGGCACAAAUGUCGUGCUGCAGCAUAACAUCGUGGCUGGUUAUGAGCGAGUGGCAUAUCGUAUCGAUGGUGAACCGUGCCCGGGUUAUUUCACCGAAAAUGAGAAGUGGAUUCACAACGAGGCUCACGGCGGUCUGUACGGGGUUUAUCUGAACAAGGACGGUUUGCCUGGCUGCAGCUUCAUCCAGGGCUUCUUCAUCUGGAGGAGCUUUGACUAUGGCAUCUACUUCCAGACCAUCAUGAGUGUCAUUAUUUCCAACGUGACCCUGGUGGACAACGGGAUGGGCAUCAUGCCGCUUAUCUUCGCUCCUCCUUCUCUUUCCCACGCGUACGCUGAUAAAACUGUACAAAUCCAGAAUGCUUUGAUCGUCGGCAGCAGCCCCAACUUCAACUGUUCAGACACUUUGCCCACCAAUGACUUUAACAUAGCCAUCACUGGUGACCAUCGAGCCCCUAGACCUCUCAAAGGUGGGAGAUCUGGAAUCUGCUGGCCAAACUUUCAAUCUGCACACAACAAGGCUCCAGAAAAGGUCCAUCAUAUCAACAUGAACUACAAUGCCAUCAAAGGACUGAUGACAGUGCAGGACACAACGUUUGUCAGCUUCCGCAACGUCUGCUCCAGUGAGACGAACGUGAUGUUCAUCACCAACCCGCUGAACGAGGACCUGCAGCACCCUGUGCAGGUCUCAGGCAUACAGAUGAUUGACAGCACAGAGAACGCUCAAGUCUUUGUUCACAGGCCUGAUGUCGGCAAAGCGAACCCCGCUGACUGUGUGGACAUGGACUGCGACGCCAAGAAGAAGAGCUUGCUGACGGACUUGGACGGGUCGUUCCUGGGCGCAGUGGGAGCUGUGGUGCCUCAGUCGGAGUAUGAAUGGGGAGGCGAUCCGAGAAGGGGCCUGGGUGACUACCGCAUCCCCAAAGUCAUGCUCACUUUCCUCAACGGCAGCCGCAUCCCUGUGGACCAGAUCGCUCCGCACAAAGGUGUGAUCAGGAAAAAUUGCAUGUACAUGAGUUUCUGGCAGAGCUACAAGUGUUUUGGGCUGAACUACAGGAUGCUGGUGAUCGAGAGUCUUGACUCUGACACAGAGACCAGACGCCUGUCCCCCGUUGCCGUCCUCGGAGACGGCUUUGUGGAUCUGAUCAACGGCCCUCAGGAUCACGGUUGGUGUUCUGGCUACACCUGCCAGAAGAGAGUGUCUCUCUUCCACAGCAUCAUAGCCACUGGUCGCUCCUUCGACGUCUACUUCAGCAGCGUCAGUCCUCAGAAACUUCGCCUCAUGAUGCUCUACGCUGAUCCAUCUGAGAGCGUCAUGGUGUCAGUCUUCUACUCCAAGCCCCAGCGGUUGGAUGUGUACAUCGACAACAAGCUAGUGCCUCCGACUAAUGCUGAUUGGAAUGCUGACAAGACUGACUACACCCUGAAGAAGCCCAUCCUUCCAGGUCAAUACGUACCUCAGCUGAACGCCACUGUGGGCGCCAACUACUUCGACCAGGACUACAAGAUGCUGAAGGUCGUGCUGAGAGGGUCCAAACCAGUGGAGAUCCGAACCGCCCCGGUUCUCUUCAUCGCCUUCGAGCUGCCCGCCAUGACCGAGGAGGAGUUCUUUGGAGAUAACCUGAUCCAGAACCUCGCUACAUUCCUCAAAGUUCCUCCAAAUAUGAUCCGGAUCACCAACAUCAUCCGGGAGGGCGGAGGCUCGCGGCGCAGGAAGAGAUCGACGGGCCUGAAGGUGGAGAUGGAGAUCAAGAAACCUCCGGUCCAGGAAACCAGCAACAGCACUAACGAUGAGGGGGACUUUGCACUGUUGAAGAACAUUGCUGAUAAUCUCGGUCAGGCAGCCGUUUCCGGAAACCUCAGUCAGUCCAUCGGCUUCAACGUGUCCUCGAUGGGCGUCAUCCCGCCUCCUCCUCCAUCAUCUGACCCCAGCUGGAAUGAGGUGGCCACGGAAGAAGUGACAAGGGAGGAGCCUAAAGUGAGUUAUGUGUCCAGUGUGGCCAACCUGCUGCUGAUAAAGGAGCCGAUAGCCAGGGAGUUUGUGGGUCCUCUGUACCAGCAGCCCAGUCUGAUGGCCGUGGAUGAGCAGGGUAACUGUGUCUCCGUGGGAGUGACGACUCUCACUGUUACAGCCAGCCUGAAGGACGCAAGUGGAAACGGCGUGGACGGACUUGAAGGAAACACAACCAUCCUGUUCAGCACCUGCUGGGCCAACUUCACCGACCUGUCCAUUCUCAACAGUGGUGAGAACCUGACAAUGGUCUUCACUCUGAAGGAGUGGGGCGCCGAGUCACGUUCCUUCACGGUCAAAAACACUCCGACCACCCAGACCCCGACGACCAGCAGCAACGUCACUGAGCCGACGUCCACCUCGACCACAACCGAACAGUCCACCACCGACGAGAGCAUCUUCAGCUCCAGCUCCGCUGUGUCUGCAGGCAGCCUGUGUCUGGUCAGCGUCAUCUAUGCCGUGGCCUGCUGCUCAGAAGGCAUCCCUGUGUGUUAGAUAGAUCUGUGAAAGCUACUGAAAGCUGUCAGGGUUUUAUGAAGGAUACCUCAACAUACAUUCACUUUAACAUGAACAAGUCAAACAAACAUUCAUGCUCACUGAAAUUUUUCUUUUUUCUUUUUUGUAACACUUUUUUUAUUCAUAUAUAAACAAAAUUAUUGGGAUGCGGUUACACUUUUAUUGCACCACACAGAAAACCAGUGAGUGACAUCUCACAGGUCAAACUUUAUAUGAAGUAAAACUAUAAAUAUAGAAGAAAGAUGAAAACAUCUGCUGUACACUGUAUGCUGGAUCUUACAUCCCUCCCUCCAUUACUGUUUUUCUACUGUUUCGUUUGGUACCUUUAAUUUUAUCAUGUGUAAAUGCCUGUUUAAUGUGAUUAUACAUCAGGACUUUCUAUUUUAAAACAGAUGCAAUAGUAUUUCACUUGAAUCUGAAGAAUACAUCAAGCUGAAGGACGACAUGAAGCUUGCAUUUUAUUUGUGAUUAUUUUAAACUAUGUUCUCUUUUCAGUAAAUUCUAUUUUUCAUUGUUAAACACA